UCUCUCACCUAUGACCUAUAUAACUCACUCCCUCUCCAACCUCCUUCUUUCCCUCCUAUUUCCCCCCAAAUAAAAAACCCUAGAAACAUCUUCUUCACUCACAGCUCAAAUUCCACCUCCCAUUUCAAAUUCCUUUGCAGUUCCUCUAGAUUCCAGUGGAAAAUUCAAUUAUCUUAGGCUUCCUCUUCCCUCUCAGUUGUCAUUUCCCGGAAAUUCUGCAACCAACUUUUUCCCCCAAUAACAAUUCUUUAAAUUCGAAUUCCAAGUUUUUCUAUAUUUACCUCAUCUGAUCAUUGAUUUAUGGAAUACCCAGUUCGAUUUCACUAAUUAUGAGCGUCUAUCAUCGGGGAAUUUGGCAUUUUGUUGUAUAAAUUAAAGGAGAGUCCUUGUGCUUUUUUGGGUUUGUAACAUUUGGGUUUUGGUGGAAUAUUUGAUUCUUUUUGUUGUUGUUGUUGUUGUUGUAAUUAUUGUUUUUUGGAGUGAAAGAAAAUUUUGGGUGUUUGAUCAAAGUGGGGAUGGAGAACAGUGGAGAAGUAAUAGAUGAUCAGGGCUCAGGAUGGUUCCAAGUGAAAAAGAAGCAUAGAAGCAGUUCAAAGUUCUCUCUACAGAGUUGGGUUGGGGGUUUUUCAGGAAAGAAUGCUUCUAAUUGUUUGCAUUCUCAGCCCUCAUUGAAUGAAAAUCGGGGAAAUUCAAGUGGCAAGCGCAGAUCCCAGCUUCCAAAGGCAGGGGCAAAUCGUGCUGUAAGUAGCCAGGUUGGUGUUGUAAAUUCUACUCCUGUCUUGAAUGAAGACGAAAAGAGCGUCGCCCUCCUCGACAAAUUUGUAGUUGAGCAAGAUACUAAGAGUCACAUUUCACUUCCAUUCUCUGUUACGAUUUCUAAUGGUGGAACUGGAGAUACUGAGAAAGCUCCUCAAAGGGAUAAGCCUGAUGUGGUUCACAAAAUCAAGUGGGGUGAUCUAGAGGAUGAUGCUUUGCUACUGCAUCAUGAAAACACUGUUGGAGCGGGAAUCAAGUUUGGUGAUAUUGAGAAUGAUAAUCUGGUCAGCUCUAGGAAGAACGUGAAUAAUCAUGUUUUGGUUUCCUCUGUUACUUCUUGUGCUAACCCCCAAGAAAACAAUGUGGUGGCUGCUGCAGAUGCAAAUAUAUGUGGAAAUGAGGUUUCUGAAGAGAGCCGUGAAGAGGUUAAUGAAAUAUCUCUAGAAGAUGCAGAAGUACCAGUUCUGAAUGAUAAAAAGGUUGACCCAGGUGGUGAAGUUUCAAACUGCAAGGAUAUUCACACUGAGCACGUCAAACCAGUGAACGCUGAUUGUUCAAGUACUGGAUUUCCAUCUGCUGAAGAGGCAGGGGCAGUGGUCAAACUUCAGGCGCCUGUUAUUAUACCAAAGUCAGGCGAUUCAGAUAUUUCUGAAGUACCAGGGACAAAUGAGGGUUCUAGCACAGCAGCAAGUGCCCAAAUUUCCGAGUUAGUUCCAUCCAAAGAGAGUGAACCUGAAAUUACAGGAGAUUCUAGCCUCACAGCCCCUAUUGAAGACCAGGGAGGUCGAUCGGAUAGUACAGUACACGAUGAUAUGUCAAACAUACAGAUUAUUAAUGCCCUUGGAGAGGGUGAAACAGGUGAAAGCAAAGAAAGGUUUAGGCAGCGACUUUGGUGCUUUCUCUUUGAGAAUCUUAAUAGGUCUGUGGAUGAACUUUAUCUUCUUUGCGAACUAGAAUGUGAUACUGAGCAGAUGGAAGAGGCCAUUCUUGUUCUUGAAGAGGCUGCGUCUGAUUUUAAAGAGCUAAAAACUAGAGUGGAGGAGUUUGAGAAUGUGAAAAGGUCCUCUCCUCAGCUAAUUGAUGGGGCACCAAUCACAUUGAAGAGUGACCAUCGCAGGCCACAUGCUCUUUCAUGGGAGGUGCGAAGAAUGACCACUUCACCGCACAAAGCAGAGAUACUGUCUUCAUCUCUUGAGGCUUUUAAGAAAAUUCAACAAGAAAGAGCUAGUAUGUGUACAGCUAAUGAUGUGAAAAUUCUGGGACCCGACUGUCCUAAUUUUCAGUCUGGUGAUAAUCUGCAUAAAUCAGCUGGGAAAAGUGAUGUAACAUCCAAUUCCAAAUAUUCGCAAAUAAAGUCAAGAAAACAGAAUGGAAGUUCAGAUUACAUUCAAGGGAAUCUGAGUGGAGAAAAGCAGAAUACUGAGUCAGACAGGUCCUGCAAGGUGAACUUCGUACAAAAUGGACGUGUCCCUCUCCAGAACUCAUCCUCUUCCGAAAUUAGUUCAUCUAGGCCACCUCUUAGAGAUAGUUCUGCUGCUUCUGCUUCUGGAAAGAGUAAGAGAGACCAACUGGGAACUGAAGCAGAUAGACUGCUUCCUAAGAAAGAAAAAAUGUUGGUAGAAAGCGGUGUUGACCAAAACCUCAAAUCUGCGGAACAUUUUAAGAGACAAAUUCCUCUUUCAGAAAAAGAUAAGGAAAAGAGGAAUGCAGCUCCACGGAAAUCCAUGGAUGCUUGGAAAGAGAAGAGGAACUGGGAGGAAAUACUUUCAUCUCCUUUCCGUGUCUCUUCCCGUGUUUCACAUUCGCCAGGUAUGAGCAGAAAAAGUGUGGAGCGUGCACGCAUAUUGCAUGACAAACUAAUGUCUCCUGAGAAGAAGAAGAAGAGAACUGCUAUGGAUCUGAAAAGGGAAGCAGAAGAAAAGCAUGCCCGGGCAAUGAGAAUAAGAAAUGAGCUGGAGAAUGAAAGAGUUCAAAAGCUUCAGCGUAACUCAGAAAAAUUAAAUCGGGUUAAUGAAUGGCAGGCUGUCCGCAAUAUGAAAUUACGAGAAGGAAUGUAUGCUCGCCACCAACGUGGUGAAUCUCGGCAUGAAGCUUAUCUAGCUCAAGUUGCGAAGAGAGCUGGUGAUGAAAGCAGUAAAGUUAACGAGGUUCGUUUUAUUACUUCUUUAAAUGAAGAAAAUAAAAAACAUAUGUUGCGCCAGAAGCUUCAUGAUUCAGAGUUGAGGAGAGCCGAAAAACUUCAAGUGAUAAAAUCGAAACAAAAGGAGGACAUGGCUAGAGAAGAGGCUGUUUUAGAACGCAGGAAACUCAUUGAAGCUGAAAAAUUACAACGCCUUGCUGAAACACAACGGAAAAAAGAAGAGGCUCAAGUUAGAAGAGAAGAGGAACGCAAAGCAUCCAGUGCAGCGCGUGAAGCAAGGGCCAUGGAACAGCUGCGGAGAAAGGAGGAAAGAGCAAAAGCCCAGCAAGAGGAAGCUGAACUUCUGGCCCAGAAAUUAGCUGAGCGACUUAGUGAAAGUGAACAACGUCGCAAGUUUUACCUGGAGCAAAUACGGGAGAGAGCUUCUAUGGAUUUCAGAGAUCAAUCUUCACCUUUACUGCGCCGAUCUUUAAACAAGGAUGUGCAGGGUAGAUCUACACCAACCAACAACAGUGAAGAAUAUCAAGCAAGCAGUGUCUCAGGUUUAGGGGGUUCUGCUCUUGCAAUGGGCAAUGUUACAUUGCAACAUUCACUGAAGCGAAGGAUUAAAAGAAUUAGACAGAGGCUUAUGGCUCUUAAAUAUGAAUUUCCUGAGCCUCAUGUUGGUGCUGAAAAUGCUGGUAUUGGAUAUAGAACAGCCAUGGGAACUGCAAGAAUGAAAAUUGGGAGGUGGCUCCAAGAACUUCAAAGACUAAGGCAAGCUAGAAAAGAAGGGGCUACAAGUAUAGGGUUAAUAAUUGCAGAAAUGAUGAAGUAUUUCGAGGGAAAGGAUCCUGAGCUGCAAGCUUCUCGCCAAGCUGGUUUACUUGAUUUUAUAGCUUCGGCUUUGCCUGCUUCUCAUACAUCAAAACCUGAAGGUUGCCAGGUGACAAUACACCUUUUGAAACUUCUUAGGGUGGUUCUAUCUGUGCCUGCAAACAGGAGUUAUUUUGUCGCACAGAAUCUUUUACCCCCAAUCAUCCCAAUGCUAUCGGCAGCCCUCGAGAACUAUAUAAAGAUUGCUGCCUCUUUAAAUGUCCCUGGUAAUAUGAACUUGCCAAUGAGUAAAACAUCAAGUGAAAAUUUUGAAUCAACCUCUGAAGUUCUAGAUGGUUUUUUAUGGACUGUUACGACAAUAAUUGGCCAUAUAAGCUCUGAUGAACGACAACUCCAAAUGCGGGAUGGCUUGCUGGAGCUAUUGGUUGCCUACCAAGUUAUUCACCGGCUGCGAGAUCUCUUUGCACUUUAUGAUCGGCCCCAGGUGGAAGGGUCACCGUUUCCUUCUUCUAUUCACUUAAGUAUAUAUCUGUUGGUAGUUUUAACGUCAAGACCUCAGACCAAUAGUUCCAUUGACUGGGAAUCUUGUUCUAGUGAAGCAGUGCAGGGAAAUGAAAGUCGAGAAGCUAAACUUGCAGAGUCUGCUGAUUCUGGAAAUUCUGCUGUAACUAACUCCUGUGGAGAUUAUAGACCUCCAUUGUCGGUGCUAAAUGGUGGCACAGUUGUCUAUCUACCAGAUGUACCAGAGGAUAGACCAUUAGAUGACUUGUGUGAGAUAAAUAAAAAGGAUGGGUCAGUAUCCUUGGGCGAGGAUGGUGGAAAUGAGCAUACUGACAGUUCAGUUGAGACAAGGAAUGCCAACACAGGCAAGAUGGAUAUUCCAGCUGAAACUCAAAUUGAGGAUAUUGUGGAGCCUAUUGUAGCUCAGAAGGAUGAGAAACACUCAGUCGUUGCAGAACAAAAGAAUGAAAACAUUUUGAGCUUGGAGCAACCAGUAGCAUUUCUUCUUUCUGCCAUAUCCGAAACAGGGCUUGUCAGUCUCCCUUCUUUGUUAACAGCUGUGUUACUGCAGGCAAACAAUAGAUUGUCCUCUGAACAGGCCUCAUAUGUCCUUCCAUCUAAUUUUGAAGAAGUGGCAACUGGAGUGCUGAAGGUGUUGAACAAUUUGGCUCUUUUGGACCUUAAAUUCAUGCAAAGAAUGCUAGCUAGGCCAGACCUGAAGAUGGAAUUUUUCCAUUUGAUGAGUUUCCUUCUUUCCCAUUGCAGCAGCAAGUGGAAAGUAGCUAGUGAUCAGGUUGGUUUGCUUCUUCUUGAAUCUCUAUUGCUUCUUAGUCACUUUGCUUUGUUCCAUUCGGGGAAUCAAGCUGUCCUCCGAUGGGGAAAGAGUCCUACAGUUCUUCACAAGGUUUGCGAUCUGCCUUUUGUGUUCUUCAGUGACCCUGAUUUGAUGCCUGUCUUGGCUGGAACACUUGUUGCUGUCUGUUAUGGGUGUGAGCAGAACAAGGGUUUGGUUCAGCAAGAAAUCAGUAUAGAUAUGCUACUCUCCUUGUUACAAUCGUGCAGAAAUGUUUUGCCUUGUGUUCAGUCCAGUUCUGGUUUUGAAAAUUCCCCAGCAGAUUAUUCUGGUGAAAAUAAUCAACUGGGUCCUGAACUUAGAAGGCCUCAAUCAGACAGUCUCCUUAGAUCUAUCCGCUACAAUGCCAGAAGCACUAGGGUUUAUUUGGGAAAGGCAGGCAGUUUGGGAAAUGGCGUUAGAAGUGGCAAGAUGAGAAACCAACGAGAUGUCAAAACAACAAAGACUAGUGAAGAAAUAAUAGCUCCGAAGCAAAAUCUACUGGCUUCAGAAACUUCCACUGUAAUGCUGUACUGUAGAUUCCCUAGUAGCUUUAUUGAUAGAGCGGAGCAGUUCUUUUCUGCUGGCACCCCCAAUAUGGGUGAUGAAGCAUGAGUUCAACAGCAACACAACUUUUCAUUAUUUUCAGACGUCUUCCAAAAUUUUCUGGGGUUGACUUAGAUAUUCCACAGGAGUUUCCACUCAAGAUGCUGGAGGCAGGCAUUGACUUAGCCAUUAUUAUGAGUCAUUAGCAUUACAGACAGACAAGAGCUUUUUUUGGGACAACUCUUUUAGGGUGACACUCAAAAGAAAUUUCUCAAGAUGAAUUUUGUGGGUUUAUUUGGAGGAUCACAACCAAGUUUUGUAUUAUAGGUGAGAAUCCAGUGAUUUGUAAUAUAGCUACAUUGUAUCCUAAAAUUAAUUCACCUAUUUAUAUACAGUUGAAUGUCCAAAGGACACAAGUUCUUUAUUA